AUGAUUAAAGCAUUUAUUAUUAUUAAUAAUAUGGGAAAAAUUCGAUUAAUUCGUUUUUAUAAUCAUAUAAAAGAAGAAGAACAACAAAAAAUUGUUAGAGAUUUAUAUGCACUUUUAUGUAAAAGAACUGGAAAAUCAUGUAAUAUUAUUUCUGUACCACAAUCUAUUUGGGGAGAAAAAGGAAUUACUGCAGUAAGUAGAACAUAUGCUACUCUUAGUUUUAUUUGUGUAUUUGAUGAUAAUGAAAAUGAAUUAUUUAUUCAUUCAUUAAUUCAAAAUAUUGUUGAAGUUCUUGAUAAAUGUUUUGAGAAUGUUUGUGAAUUAGAUUUAGUUUUUCAUUCAGAUAGAGUACAUUAUGUAUUAAAUGAAUUUAUUCAAGCUGGAUUAAUAUUAAAUAAUGAUACUGAUUCUAUUAUUCGAGUAUUAACUGAACAAGCACAAUUAGAAAAAACAGAUACACCUGCAAUUAAACAAACUGCAAUUAACGUUUAA